UAAACGGCUGCUCGACGAUCCUGACGCUAGAACUCGCUCUAUCCCCGCAGUGCACGCCUCGCACACGCUGCACUAUCUAGCUACUCGUGGAACACAUCUGCUAUCGACCACUGAGUUGCCGACAUGGGCGCAGGACAGUCCACUGCCGCGUCGCAAGCACCUCCCCGCGCGCUGCAUGUUCUGCGCGUUACACCGUCUUCCCCGGCAUCGCAGACGACGAUCGAGCCCUUCUUUGACUUUGUAGUUGGCUUUCAGGGCGACAACUUCUCGCCUCACAACACGGUGGACGCUACUGAGUUGGAGAAGAUCGUCGAGAGCCAUGAAGGCAGAACGCUGAACCUCUUGGUCUGGAACAGCAAGAGCCAGCAGACACGAGUGGUACCCAUUGUACCCUCUAGGGACUGGGCGCUCCCGUACUCGGCAACUCCAGACCCGCAGGAGCCAGAGGCGGAACGGAAGCCAUCUUUGCUGGGCCUGAGCAUGCGGAUGUGCGAGCCGGAAUUUGCACUGGACAACGUAUGGCACGUAUUGGACGUUCUGGAGGGUAGUCCCGCCGAAAGCGCGGGGUUGGUGCCAUAUGGUGACUGGAUUAUCGGCUGGUCAGGAGGCGCUCUGAGCGCUGAAGGAGACUUCUAUGACAUUGUAGAAGCGCAUAUUGAGAAGCCAUUACGGGUAUUUGUAUACUCAUAUGACUUCGACACUAUAAGAGAGGUGGUCCUGGUACCAAAUCGACAUUGGGGAGGUGAGGGCCUGCUGGGUUGCGUAUUCGGUUUUGGCUUGUUACACCGCAUUCCCCCCUUACCACCAGACAAAGAGCCGGGCUCGCUGCCUCCGGAGCUUGCUGAGAGUUCAGAGUACGAAGAACACGAACUGUUCGUGCCAGCUGACCUGCAUGGUGAAGAGGACCCAAAGUACUACGAAGACAAUAUGCACACACAAGAUGACGAAUGGGAGCAUCGGCCGCAAGUACACCAACCACAUGAUGAUGCCAUUUCAGACGCUCCUCACUACAACGCGUCGUUGGUGGGUUCCGAACGCUAUCUUGACGACCAGCCAACCAUUGGAACGCUCGCAAGCCACCAAAAUUCGUCCUUUGACCACCACGAAGGCCGUUCAUCUCCACCUCACGAUGAUCCGGUUGCAAGCUCGGUUCCUUUCCAACCUCCUACCGCCCGCAUAUCGACACCAACCGCAGCUCACCCACCGGACUCUCACAUGAAUAGUGACUCGUCGUGACUGUCCUCAUCGCUCUCUGCGAACGCUCAACAAAGUCAUUGCCAAUGUCUCGGCAUCGCCCCGCGUAUGCUCUCGUAAGACGGCAGAGGGAGCGCGUUUCACGCCACAUGCAAGAACGCGGUUGCGGCGUUAGAGUCACGGCUGCUGCGGCUACCGCAAAGGGGGCAUGAAGAGGAGGAUAACGGGAGGAUGGCCAUGAGCGUGGCAGACACGGAAGUUUCGGGACAAUGGGAGUUGACAAUGAUGGCACAUCACUGGCUGGCAGUUUUCACGAGUGUUGAC